AUGGCCGGGGUGGCCCAGAAGGAGUGGAAGGAGUACCUUGUUGUUGGGAAGGAGCAGAAGCCUGGACCAGCCCUGCUUCUCAGCCAGCCCCUCCCCACAGCUCCGCUGCCCCCGCCCUACCAGCUGCAGGAGGUGAUGGUUCCCAUGGUGGGGAACAGGGUCUGUAACCAGCGCUACCAGAACUCUUCCACCAGCACUGGCCAGAUCAUCAAGGAUGACAUGCUUGACAGUGUGCAGGUGGCCAGGAUCAUCCGCCACCCCAAGUACAGCCUUGAAAAAGGAGCAAAAGGUGGGGCGGACAUAGCACUUCUCAAACUGGAGGCCCCCGUGCAACCAUCUAACCUAAUCAGGUGGAUCAGCCUCCCGCCAGCCUCCUCCGCAUUCCCCCCAGGCACACGGUGCUGGGUGACUGGCUGGGGCAACACUGCUUUUGAAGAGCCGCUGCCGCCGCCCUACAAUCUGCAGGAGGUGGAGGUCCCCAUCGUGGCGAAUGAGAUCUGUCAGCAACAAUACGGCUAUGUUAUCCAGGACGACCUGCUUUGUGCCGGGAGCUGGGGACGGGGCACCUGCAAUGGUGACUCUGGGGGCCCCUUGGUCUGUAAAUGGAGGGAGACCUGGGUCCAGGUAGGCGUGGUGAGCUGGGGGAAGGGCUGCGGUCUUACCAACUUUCCUGGAGUCUAUGCCCGAGUGACAUCCUUCUUGCCUUGGAUCCGCCAUCAUAUUCAUUCCUCUCCUUGAACCCGGGGCCGGGCAAGGAUGCUGCCCAUGAGAUGAAGACAGGCCCUCCAGGGUGUCUGGGGGACCCUCCCUGCUCCCUCCCAGUGCCAGCUCUUCAUUGCACCUAGCGCCCCUCCUCCAUCCCUCCCCCCCCAGCCCCUCUGAGAUCCUCCUGCCUCAGCACCUCCAUCAGCCUCUCUCCCCUGACAGGCAAAAGGGAGAGGUGGGGUGUGCUCUGCAGUCGGGCGGGCACUGCAGGACUCCUGCCUCCUCCCCGCCCCCUGUAGCUCAUUAAACUGCAUGAAAAACU